AUGCGUUCCCUCUCUGUCGGCGGGAGUGCUGCCGCGGCUCUCCUCGUGGGCCUGUCGGCGGCCGCGCCCCCUUUUAAACCCCACGGACCCCACGAACCGCAGUACAUUGUUAAUCAAGAGCGCGCCCGCGCCGUCAAAGAAGCCUUCCAGGUGUCGUGGGACGGGUAUUACGAACAUGCCUUUCCUCAUGACUCGUUGCGGCCGGUGUCGAACGGCUACGCGGAUGACAGGUGCGUUUUUUUGCCUCCCAUGGGGCUCCCCCUGCUUCGCUGGUUCUGGCGUCUGACCUGUGCCCGAUUGGCCUUUAGAAACGGAUGGGGUGCGAGUGCCGUUGACGCCUUCAGCACCGCGCUGGUCAUGGAGAACUGGGAUGUGAUCGACCAGAUAUUGGAGUACGUCCCGACGAUCGACUUCAAUAAAACUGAGACCGAGGUGUCCUUGUUCGAGACAACGAUUCGAUACCUCGGGGGGCUCGUGUCAGCUUACGAUCUCCUCACCGGACCGUUGCGUGACCGCGUCAAGCAAACCCCCGACGUGGAAGCCGUGCUGACGCAGGCAAAGCGGCUGGCCAACAAUCUCAAAAUCGGCUUCGACACGCCCAGCGGCGUCCCGGACAACAACCUCUACUUCAACCCACCGCGCAAGGGCGGCUCAACCACGAACGGCAUCGCCACCAUCGGCACGCUGGUGCUCGAGUGGACACGCCUCAGUGACCUAACCAAGGACCCCGAAUAUGCCAAGCUGUCGCAGAAGGCCGAAUCAUACCUGCUGAAGCCGCAGCCCAGCUGGAGCGAGUCGUUCCCCGGGCUGAUCGGCACCAACGUACGGCUCGAGGACGGGCAGUUCGUCGAUGGCAACGGCGGUUGGGGCGGCGGCACCGACAGCUUCUACGAGUACCUCAUAAAGAUGUACCUAUACGACCCCGACCGCUUCGCCGACUACCGCGACCGCUGGAUCGCCGCCGCCGAUUCCUCCAUCAAGUACCUCGUCUCGCACCCGACCACCAAGCCCGACCUCACCUUCCUUGCUAUGUGGCAGGGUAAAGAACUGCGCUUCGUCUCGCAGCACCUGGCCUGUUUCAACGGCGGCAACUUCAUCCUCGGCGGCCUAACCCUCAACGAGCCCAAAUACACCGACUUCGGCCUGCUCCUCGUCGACGGCUGCCGCGCGACCUACACGGCCACGGCCACGGGCAUUGGGCCGGAAACCUUCCGGUGGCAGGACUCUGCGCGGCCGCUCAACGCGACCAACAAUCCGCCGGCACCCGCCGACCAGGCCGCCUUCUACGAGGACGCCGGGUUCUGGAUCAGCAGCGCCAAUUAUGUGCUGCGUCCGGAGGUCAUCGAGAGUUAUUAUUAUGCGUAUCGCGCGACGGGGGAUCCCAAGUAUCAGGAGUGGGCGUGGGAGGCGUUUGAGAGGGUGAAUGAGACGUGUCGGGUGGGGAGUGGGUAUUCGAGCGUGAGGGAUGUGAAUAAGGAGGGGGGGGGCGGGUUUGAUGAUUUUCAGGAGAGCUUUUGGUUUGCGGAGGUGCUGAAGUAUAGCUAUUUGAUUCAUUCUGAGGAUGCUUCCUGGCAGGUCAAGGCGGAUCAUACUAAUGAGUUUGUGUUCAACACGGAAGCUCAUCCGGUGCGGGUGGCUGCGGGCCGGGAGACGUUGAAGAGAUAG